AUGUCAGCAGAGCGACCUUCAACGCCUCCUCGGCAGAAUCUUGCUGAGUCGGGUCAGCUCCCCCGCGGGCCGCUAACCCCCGAACAGCAGCGGAAGAUUGAAAUGAAUCGAAUGAAGGCGAAAGCUCUUCGAGAACAACGCGAAGCCGAACUGUCCAAAAGCCCAAGCUCUAUUGCGACGCCUCGCGCCACUCCAGGAGUUAAGCGUUCUUUCAACUCGAUGACGGGUGCCGAGCAUCCGGCUUCUGUGAGAGAUGCCCGUACGAAUACGGCCUCCGAUCGGCCGCUUGAUACGAUCAAACCGGCGCGCAACUUCACCCGAUACGUUGACUAUGAUUUCAGCAAGAUGACCGACACCAAGGGUGGCUUCCUGACGCAAGAGGACGAUCCGUUCAACAAGGCACUGCAUGUUUCAGAUGGUAAGGAGGAACAGAAGCCGGCAAAUAUGACACAGAAGGAAUGGGAGCGCCACCAACUACUCCAGUCUCUCCGGCGGAAUCGCGAGGGCCCCUUCGAGCCGGGGUUGAGUGUCUUAGAUGAUAAAAGCAAGCAAAAGACGUGUCGCGAGUGCGGAAGUCUAGAGAUUGAUUGGAAGUGGGAGGAGAUGCUCCGAUGUUGCAUCUGCCAUUCAUGCAAGGAGAAAUAUCCGGAACGGUACAGCCUUCUCACUAAAACAGAAGCCAAGGAGGAUUAUCUUUUGACAGAUCCUGAAUUACGGGAUGAGGAGCUUCUCCCCCAUCUGGAACGGCCAAAUCCACAUAAAUCGACGUGGAAUAACAUGAUGCUGUACCUCCGCUUUCAGGUCGAAGAAUAUGCCUUUUCGCCGAAGAAAUGGGGCUCUGCCGAGGCUCUGGAUGCCGAGUUUGAGCGACGCGAGAACGACAAGAAGAAGCGACGAGAAGCCAAGUUCAAGACGAAGCUGCAGGACCUGAAGAAGCGCACGCGCGUUGAGGCGUACCGACGAAAUCGGAAAGGAGCGUCGGGUGGAGAGUUCGGGGACGACCUGGGCAAUAAUCGGAAGCAUGUACACCAAUGGGGUCGAUCCGUGGAGAAUCCGGAGACGGGCAUCGGCGUCAAGACCUGCGUGGACUGCGGCAUGGAGGUGGAGGAGCUGGAAUUCUAA